CCCGAGAGACGCAGGGAACAUGGCGGCCCCUGGAGCCGCGGGCGCGGGCCUGUCGGCCUUGCUGCCCGCCCAGACCUCGCUGGAGUACGCGCUGCUCGACGCCGUCACCGCGCAGGAGAAAGACACCCUGGUCUACCAGUACCUGCAGAAGGUGGACGGCUGGGAGCAGGACCUGGCCGUGCCCGAGUUCCCGGAAGGACUAGAAUGGCUGAAUACAGAGGGUUCCAUUUCUGUCUACAAGGAUCUUUGUGGGAAAGUAGUAGUCCUGGAUUUCUUCACUUACUGCUGCAUCAACUGUAUCCACCUGUUACCUGAUCUUCAUGCAUUGGAACACAAGUACACAGAUAAAGAUGGCCUUCUUGUUGUUGGUGUUCAUUCAGCUAAAUUUCCGAAUGAAAAGGUUCUGGAUAACAUUAAAAGUGCUGUUCUUCGCUAUAACAUCACCCAUCCCGUGGUUAAUGAUGCUGAUGCUUUCCUUUGGCAAGAUCUGGAAGUUUCUUGUUGGCCAACCCUGGUCAUACUUGGACCCCGUGGAAACAUACUUUUUUCUUUGGUUGGAGAAGGGCACAGAGAAAAAUUGUUUUUGUUUACUUCGAUGGCUUUAAAAUAUUACAAAGACAGAGGACAAAUUAAAGAUAAUAAAAUUGGAAUAAAACUUUAUAAAGAUUCUUUGCCACCCUCUCCUUUACUUUUUCCUGGCAAAGUAACAGUAGACAAAGUGGCUGACAGGUUAGUGAUAGCAGACACUGGACAUCACAGAAUUUUGGUUGUCAGAAAAAAUGGACAAAUCCAGCACAGCAUUGGAGGUCCCAACAGUGGAAGAAAAGAUGGGACAUUUUUAGAGUCAACUUUCAAUUCUCCACAAGGUGUAGCCAUAAAGAAUAAUAUCAUAUAUGUAGCAGAUACAGAAAAUCACUUGAUAAGAAAGAUUGAUCUAGAAACUGAAAUGGUGAGCACUGUGGCUGGCAUGGGAAUACAAGGCACAGACAAAGAAGGUGGAGCAAAAGGAGAGGAACAGCCCAUCAGUUCACCUUGGGAUGUAGUUUUUGGAACGUCAGAGGAUUGUAGAGAUGAUAUUCUGUGGAUAGCUAUGGCAGGGACUCAUCAGAUCUGGGCACUUCUGUUGGAUGAUGGGAGACUACCAAAGAAAAGCGAGUUGACAAAAGGAACUUGCCUUCGGUUUGCUGGAAGUGGAAAUGAAGAGAAUCGAAAUAAUGCAUAUCCCCACAAGGCAGGUUUUGCCCAGCCUUCGGGUCUUUCUGUGGCUUCCGAAGAACCUUGGAACUGCUUAUUUGUAGCAGACAGUGAGAGCAGUACUGUCAGAACUGUCUCAUUGAAAGAUGGAGCAGUGAAACAUCUUGUAGGAGGAGAGAGAGACCCCAUGAAUUUAUUUGCUUUUGGGGAUGUUGAUGGAGCUGGAAUCAAUGUGAAGCUUCAGCACCCACUUGGAGUGGCUUGGAAUAAGAAAAGAAACUUACUUUAUGUGGCAGACUCCUAUAAUCACAAAAUUAAAGUUGUGGAUCCCAAAACAAAAAGCUGCACUACAAUUGCGGGUACAGGAGAAGCAAGUAAUGUUAUUAGUUCAGCUUCUACAGAGUCAACUUUUAAUGAACCUGGAGGCUUAUGUAUUGGAGAGGAUGGUAAUUUGCUAUAUAUUGCUGACACAAAUAAUCAUCAAAUUAAAGUGAUGGAUUUGGAAACAAAAAUUAUUUCUGUGCUCUCUGUUAUCAAUUCGGAAACUGCUGUUGUUGAUGGCCCAUUUCUAGAAAAGCAGAAGACAAUAAAACUACCCAAACUUCCUAAAUCUUCUCCAAAUGUUAAGCUGUCACCAUUGACUGUAUCUCCUGGACAGAAUCUUCAGUUUAUACUAAGAUUAGAUCUUCCUGCAGAAACAAAACUAACUGAAGGAGCACCUAGUUUCUGGUUUCUAACAGCUGAAGGUGAUGAAUGGCUUCUUGAAGGACAGACUCCAUCAGGAGAAAUUAGGAGUCUUUCUAAGCAACCUGUGAUAUCACUGCAGAUUCCUCAUAGUUGCUUGUCCUUUGAAGUAGUUGUGUCCAUCUGUGUGUGCCUCUAUUACUGUAGUGCAGACAGCAGUGCCUGUAUGAUGAAAGGAAUUCUAUUUAGUCAGCCUUUACAGAUUGCUAAUACACACCACAGUAACAUACCUCCAAUAGAGCUGAGAUAUGUGUUUUAGAUAGCUAAUCCUCCACAAGCAGCCAGUCACUUUAACUUAUAGCUCACUAUUUUUAUACAAGCAACCAAACAGAUGGCUUUCCUUCUGUCUCUUACCACCUAGUGUUUAAGACAGAAUAACUUGAUAUUCAUUACUUUAUGACAGCAUCUGCUAUUUAAGUGAAAUUAUGUUAAUUUUCUACCUAUUUAUUAUAUGGAGAAAUAUCCACAUUCAGUUUGUGGACUAGUUAAGUCCUAGGUUGUAGUUUGGACUGUGGCUCUGUAUGGAGUAUGGCUCUGUAAUAUAACUAUAUUCUGAAAAGAAAUGUUUGAGGUCCGUAUUAGGACUAGUAAAAUUAGGUGCAGUUGAUAAAAUAUGGAGUGCUUUAUCUAAUUUGCCUUUAUUGAACUCUGUAGUGUCUUUCAGUAAAUCCACAAUACCUUUCAUAAGAACCAAGAUUAGAUCUACACUUUUGUAAAGAAUCGUCUGAAUCCAAAGCAUAGGUUCUUUCUUUAAUUAAAAACGGUUUGUCUGUCACAGUAAAAUUUUAAAGAGGACCUUAAUGAAUUUCCUCAUUGUUCUCUUCUGUUACUAUCUGAAUCAUAACAUGUAUUUAAAAUAUAGAUUUACCUAUUUUAUGCACAUUGAGUCUGCUGCUCUAAUUUUUUUACAUUGUGUUUGCCUUGUGUGGAGAGGCUAGCCUUAUAACAAAAAACUGCAGAGAUUGCAUUUAUGUGAAUCCUACUUUUUUGAAAGCUACUCUUUGAACUUGGGCUGAAAUACUUACUAUAGUUAUACCAAACAGUGAAUGUGGUCCAGCAAAUGUUCUAGUUUUGCAAAGAAAAGGAACUUUUUUGUGUUACCAUUUAUAGUAAUGUUGUUAGAGAAUUCAAUGUGACUGGCAGUUGAAGCAGAUCAGCAUUGUUUAUACCUCAUGGACUUUAUCUUUCUGUAUUAAUAUGAAAUGCAAAUAUAUUUGGUUGCUCUCUCUUGGUUUCUCUCUUCCAAAAUUAAAAUUCUAUGAAUUUUGUGUUAUUUUUUAAACAGCUCCAAAGUUGAAAUAUUCCACUACUGUCAGUAGGUAUAGUACAUUGUACAAAUUAAUUCUCCACACUGUCAAAGCUGAAUUUAGGUUGUUCUGACGAUCUCUUUUUUCUCUUUACUAAAAAGAACAACCUUUGAGUACACUUGGAAGGGCUGCUUUUUUUAUUUAUAAGCCAUAAAAGCUUAUUCUUCUAUGCUGUUGAAGUAACUGUAAAGUAUGUACUAAGAUGAGAAUGACACUUUCCCCUAAAUUAUAAUUUUAAAAAUAUCUUCAAGGCUUUUCCUGACACCUUUUAGUUAAUUGUUGAGAUGGUUUGUCGUAUCUGUUACCUUCUACAAAAGCUGAACCUGCUCACGAUUUGAUCAAAUGUCUUGUUUUUAAAAACAUCAAGGGAGCCAUAUUUAUUCAUUCGGUUGACAAAUACUUUCUGAGCAUAUGGAGAGGUAUGCCUUUUUUUUUUUCUUUCAUGAGACAGUACUAGAAAAUUCAUAUCUAUGUAGCAGUGCUAGGACAUUUCUCCAUAUUGAUAAGUAAGUGGUCAAUUUGAAAUAAUUAUCUGCUGUCAUCUCUCAUGGUUGAAACUCUAGUUAAGGAAUUAGCCUAAUUAUAAAAUUUGAGUUAGAUUGUUUAUUUGCUAAAUCUAUCCUUUAAAAAAGACUUCGAAAUGCAUAAAAAGUGGGAAACAAGAACCUUAGGUUCUAUGUCUUAUUAGCUCAUAAAUUUCUUUCAUAAAACACAAGAAUGAGCUUUAGUACCAAAAGAUAGCAUAAUAUUAUUCCUAUUGUCUUAGUAUUAGAACGUGGCCAGAAAGAACAAUACUCUUAAAUUCUCACCUGAUUUAUUUUAUUUAUCUUUUCCAGUUGGACAGGAUGAGAAUAUUCUGGCUCAGUCAUUUCCUAUUCUAAAAGAACAUGGAUACUUUGACAUGUUUUCCAAAAGUACAUUUAACUUAAUUCAGAAAUAUUUUUUGAUGGCAAAUAUAUUUACAAGUAUACUUAAUUAUGUGCUCUCAAAAAGAAUACUUAUUCAGAAAUAUUUUAUGAUAGCUGUAUUUACAAGUGUACUAUUUUUAUAUAAUUAAAAGAUUUUAUUUUUAGAAGUGUGAUUUUUUUUCUUUGUCUCUUUCAAACUAAGUUUAUGUCUUCAGUAAUCUUUGAAGCAUAAUUUUUAAAAAUUAUUAUCACGUAGCCAGCUGCAGCUGUUUUCUCAUUGAUAACACUUCUUUACCAGAGGCUAAUUAAAUUGGUGAAUAGAAUAAGUUCUUUAAAACAACACUAAAAUGCCCAGUAUUGAAGAAAAUAGAAUUUUAAUAGAUUAUCAGAUAGGAGCAAGUAUCCUACAUAAGAAAGAGUAGACAGUUGGGGAUAAUGUUUCUUCAUUUUGGUGUCUUCAUUGCCUUUUGCACAUUUUUAAUUUUUGCUUGGCAGCAGCUUAAUUUAAUUUACCCAAUGAUGGUGUUAUUAAUCACUAACAUUUUGAUGAAAAGGAAUGUAAUUAAAUGCCUAUAAUAAGGUAUUUACAUAAAUCUUUUAACAAAAUAUAUUAAUAUUUUUGAAGCAAACUCGAAGUAGGGGUAGUGCUUAUACAAAGUCAUUCUGCUGAUUUGUAGCCAUGUUGUUUUUUUUUAAUCUUAAUAGCAGCAUUGUAUGGAUUAUUUGUAGGAUUUCCUCUGAUUUUAUCCACAUGAGCGCAGUGUUGCUGUGGUUCAUGCCAAAAAGAAAUAUUUAUUUUAAAUAUACAGUUCUGUCUUGGUCGAGUGCUUAAUCUUUUUACAGAGAAAAGGCUAUGCUGAUUUUAAAUAUAAGGUUGCAACUAAUGUACACAAUAGGCUACUGUGAUAUCUUGGCUCAUUUAAAAAUUAUUCUUAAUAUUUAAUAAGAAGGCAAAGUUGAAAAUUUUGAACUAUCCAUUUUUUUAUUAUUAUGGUGGCCUACCUACAUAGUUGGUACUCUUCUUCCUCAUUUUCAUUUGUCUUUGUGAUAUUUACAAUUCAGAGUUGAUAGUAUCAUUGAAAUAUGGGAGGCUUUUUAAUACAGUAAGAAAAUAUGAAAUUAUGUUGGAAAAAAUUAAAAAUCCUCAUUGCAUAAUAAUUUUUUUCUUAUAUUCUGGUUUAAAAAAAUACCAUUGGUCUAUAUUCAUAUUCAAGCCACUUGUUUGUUUAUAUUUAACAACUGUCACCAUUUAUUUGACUGAUUUAAAUCUAUUUUUGACUGAAUUGUCCCUCAUUUACAUGUGAAGACAAUUUUAAGCAGAUGAACAUACUGAAGUACUCUGUAUCUUUUAGCACCUUCAAGAUAAACUACUACAGAGUAAACACUAAUAUUUUGCAGCCUUUUAAAACAAUCACAUUGAUGUCUUUGGAACAACUAUCUCUUUUGUGCCUUCUUAUUAGCCGGUUUCAGCUUUCCUAAACUAUGUUUUCUGAAGAAGUGCAAAAAUGGAAUUGAUUUUGCCAUUUUUGCUCUUUCAUUAUCAGUUUAUAUACUUUGAGUUCUUUGCAAAAACAUUUUAAAAAAAAUUUUCUAACAGUUUCUCUUAAGUAAGGAGGAACAUAAAUACACUGAUAUCUCAACUACAUAAUAAUGUCCUUGGAAACCAUGUUGCAGAGCUGUUGAGUCUUUCUAGAAUGUCUAGUAAUAUACCCCUGCCUUUUGCAGAACCCAAAGUAGACACAUCUCAUUCUGAAUUUUAUAGCAAGUGCUACAGUUUUAUCUAAUAUAUCCAGAACCAAAUAAAUUUCUCAUAUACGCUUUUCCCAAAUGAACAAGCUAAUUUUCUGUUUUAAAGAUUUGGAUCUAAAAAGAAAUAAAAGUUUCUCCAUUUAUGCUUUUUAAAAGUUCUGAUAACAAUUAAAGUUAGUGUUAGCCGUCAUCAAUAUGUCUAACAAAAAAAAAACUUAGCAAUGAUUUCCUUAAAGGAAAUUUAAAGUACUGGUAUUUAUCAUACCAGUGGUACUGAAAUUGAACAUUAAUAUUUUAGAAACAAAAAAAAGACAAAAAAUAUUUUUGAUAAAUUUUCUGCUGAGUUUGUUGCUGUAGCAUUCAGGGUCUAAAAUAGCUCAUUUUUAAUAGUUCAUUCCUUAGAUAUUUUGUAUUCUCUUUUUGUCUUAGAUUCAUACAGUGACCAGAGUACUAUGAGAGAUUUUACAUUCUUGGCAGAUAUAUCCAGUUCUUACUCUUGUCGUGUAGGUUCACUAACUUUCCAAUAUUAACCAUACUACUACUGCUAUUUUAAUUAUCCUUAGAAAUAUAAUUAAGACCUUGUUAUAAAGACACAUUUAAAAAAUGAAUUCCUGAGCACAGGAUUGUUUGAAAUUCUUAAAGAGUUUCAUGAAUAUUCAAGUAAAAAAAAUUUAAUAAUAGGGAAAGAGAUGUAGAAACUGUUAAUCAGCUAACCUGUUAACACAUAUACAAAAUGACUAAAUUUUAUUAGUGGCAUUGUAUGAACUGUAUUACACAAAUAAAAAACACAUAUAGUUGCUAGCUUCUACUCCUCUACGUCCCCUCCAUGACAAUACACUUUAACAUGUGAUAGUGAUCCUGAUUUCCCUUUAUUACAGCCUAUUUGAUCAAAUUGCCCAAGUUCAAGAAUGAAACCUUUUCGGUUAUCAGCUAAUUGCUCUUAUAUGACUAUGGUCUUCAAGACCACAAAGCCCCAUUCUAAAAAUCAGCAUUAGGGUGAAUUGGUGUUAUAUUUAAAUAAAGCUGUAUUGUGGGGAAAAUUCUGUACUAGAAUCCAGAGACACGAGUUGUUGUGGCUGGGGCAGAGCAUUUCAUCUUCACAGGCCUUAGUCUCCACAUCCGCAAAAUGACAGUCCUUCCAGCUCUAACUCACAGUGGUAUUCUGUAGUUACAGGCAAUUCAGGUAAAGCAUUCAAUUCAUUAGGUACAACUGGUUAAUAAGAAGCAAGAUUCCCUUUUCCUCAUUCUUACAUGAUACAUGAUUCGUUGACAUGAAAUAAUUGGACCCUGAGAAUACAUGUAGCAAUGUGUUAAUUUGGUCAAAAACUUUGUUUUAAUUUCACUCAAUAGAGUAAUGUAAAAGGGGGUUGUUUUGAAAGUUAGAGGCUAAAUGUCCUAUCUUGUGUGUUUAAUCCCCACUUAACUCAGUUGCAAUCAAGGUGGUGAACAAACCCAGGACCUUUGCAGUGUUAGAAGAUCAGGUCAGACUAGCGCUGCUGGUUCACUGUUUUGCCUGUAGAUAGCUGAAAUAAAAUGGCAGUCUCUUUUCAGGUCUUCAAAAUUCACUCCCUCAGUUCCUAACCAUUGAUUUGGUUUAAUUAUUUUCAAAGGUCAAUACCAUGAAGUCGAAGCUGGAAAGUUAAAACCCCAGAUACUUGUUGUGGAAUGUUUGCAUAGCUAUAGUUAGGCAUUGUUUGAUGUGUACCUCUUCUUCACUGGCAUGCUGCUUUCAAGUAUAGCAGAGGACAUUUUGUUCUACUGAAAACCCUAGGACAAAGAGAAAGAAUUAUAGGUAUUUCAAAAUCUACUUCCCUACCUCGACCACCAAUCAUAUGCUUUAAAAGGAAAAAAAAACACUUCAGCAGUAUGCCCUUUUAACAGUUUACCUGAAUUCAUAUGAGUUCACCUUCUUCAGCUUUAGGUAGCAUGCAUUCUGUAGUCCUCCGUUGCCCUAGUGAUCCGAGAUUGGGCCAUUCCAGUUUGUUUGUUUUACCUGAAAGACUUAAAAUUGCCCUCAAGGUGUAUGAAUGAUAUGAACAAGACUAGAGUAAUACACUUUGCUGUUUUUCCCCCCAAUAGCCUGGAACAUAUUUAGCAUUUAAAAGUAAGUGAAUCUCAGUAUCUGGAAACAGAAGAACAAGUAUUUCAUUUGCAUGGUUUCAUCUUGUUUGACUUCUCAUAAGAAAUAUGUAUUUUAAGGUAUAUAGUUGAACAAAAGUUGAAUAGUAUUAGCAGGGGCAUAAAAGGCUUUGCUUACUGAAGUCUUAUAGGACACUGUCAUGUAACAAUAUGUGUGAUUGUUAUAGAUAUUUUAACAGUUUUGUGCCAGUGGGAGAAGCAUUCAGCGGCUUUGUGCACUAAUGUGUAUCCACUGUUGUGUGGUCUGCAACUCUUUGCUAAGCCCCAGAUUUUUUUUUCUGAUAAAGGAUUGAAAUAUCUCCCUAAAUGAAUACUAUUAAAAUCAGUCAUCCAGAUUUAUCCAUAUUCAAAAUACCCCCCUAUUUUCUCAGCACACCCUAAUGCUCAGUCUUUACACAGCAUACAAAACUUACAUUACUAGUGUGUGUUUAUAUUUGAGGAAAGUUAGCUGGGUACACAAGCACCAGACAAUAACAGGAUGGCUCUGUUACUGUGAGUCAUUGUCUCCCUAAGCAUAUACCAGUUGACAGUGGUAUGGCAGUAGGAAGCUACCUUGGGGUUUUAAAAUUGCAAUUUCUUACUUUGAAUCAAAUAGUUUAAAACAUUGCUUCAAACUGCAACCUUGCACUAGACAAAUUGGAGAGCCUCAGGCUUUUCCUAUUGUUUGUGUUACAUAAAAAAGUUAAAGAAUUUCAUUUCUGAGCAUGCAGUUGUACUGGCAUGCUGUCUUCUUUAUAUCUGUCAUUCCGAAGGUUUGAUUCAAAUCUGUUGAUUUCAUAUUAUUUUGCUCUUUAAAGAUAAAACGCAGCAAAGUUCUAUUUAAAUAGGACACAGUGACUCUAGAUAUGUAUGAUGUUAUCUUUAGGCAGAAUUGUUUUAAAAGAAAAUAUGCUGUGCAUUUGUAAAGUACUUUAUGUGGACAUAUGAAUAUUUUUCUACUGUGCUAUUCAUUUUAAUGUUUCUACAUUUUCAAGCUGAUAUGCUUAAUCUUCACUAUGCAUUUUUAAAAUGGUAUAAUAAUGUUAAUGAAGUUGAAAACUGCUAUGAGAAUGUUUUUAUUCAGUCAAGAGAAGUAUAAAACAAAGUGAUUCAUACAAAGUAUGUGCUUGUACUGUAUGCACUGAAAUCUGAUGUCUCCUUUUCUAAAGCUUUGUAUUUUUUUUCAUUAAACAGAUGAAAUAUUUUCUCUCUAA